CCAGAAGAUGCAAGGCCAGCUCCCUCCUGGCGUCACGCUGGUCAAGGCAGAGAACUUCGAGACAUGGCUCAUGGACAUUCGAGUAAUGGACGACAACCCGAUAUACAAAGGCGAAACAUACAGACUGAAGUUCAUGUUCAGCUCAAACUAUCCUAUCGAGGCCCCCGAAGUAGUCUUUGUCCGCGACACUGAGCAUUCGAUACCCUGGCACCCACACGUCUACUCCAACGGUAUCAUCUGCCUCGACCUGCUCGAUCGGCAAGGCUGGAGCCCCGUUCACAACGUCGAGAGUGUGUGCGUCAGUUUGCAGAGCAUGCUCACGAGCAACACGGUCAAAGAGAGGCCGCCGGGCGACGAUGCAUUCGUUAGGAACAACACACAGCGGCCGAGAGACAUUAGUUUUGUCUUCCACGAUGACCAGGUUUGAGGGUAGAGUGGAGGGGUUGUCCGGCGAGGAUUUCCUUGUGGAGGGGAGCAUGGCGCCGGCGAUAUGAGGGGUCUGGGAGGAUUUGUCUGGCGCUGGGAUAGGGAUAGGGCGUUACUAUGGGUGCUGAUAUACCCAACGACGGGCAUUUGAUUUAAAUAUUGAGUCUUCAUUCGGAACGAAUUCAUAGAUGCAGCCUG